AUGCCGGAAGAAUUGACAGCUAAGUCGUCGGCCGGCGAGGCGCAUGACACGCAAGACGUGCAGGAUGUGGUGGCAGAGGGACAUUCGAGCGCCAGUGACGAAGACCGGUCGCCCAACUUCGAGGUGGUCUUUGAUGCGAGCAAUCCAUACCGCCGCAAGAGCUCGAUGGUGGGCUCAGAGGCGACGCUUCCUCGGCUGCGGCAUGUGGGCGGAGCUGGACCGGAGGCCAAGGCGCAGUGCAUCGUGCAUCACUUUAUCGAUGCCCAGCGGCGCGGCCAGAGCGCCGCUCGAGACCGUCAUCACCAGCACCAGCACCAGAAGCAUGACCGUGCGGCCCAUCAGAGCCAGCAGGUGCCGGCAGCCGUGGCAGCAGCAUCCCCGGCGCUCAGCGCGGUGGCAGACGAGAGCGUGGACGUCGAGCGGGGGCUCAAUGGGCUGGUCGAGUGCAAGGGCCGUCUGCAGCAGUCGCUGCAGCGCGAGCGGCGACGAACGAUUGUAGAUGGCGGUGCCAGCGACAGCGACGUGGGCCAGGUGGACGAGAAGGCGUGGCGGGACGGCAUUGUGCAGACGGGGUCAACGUCGACGACGCCGAUACCGACGCCACAGCUGCCGGCGACGCCCACGUCGAUCCCGGCGAUGACAGCAGCAAGAGCCGAGCGACCGAGCGAAGACGGCGACGACGGCAACGACAGCAACGACGAUGGUGACGACGAAGAGCACAUGCACAGCCGGCUGCUGACCAAGCGGCAGCUGAGCGACAUGGCGUGGGGCGUGCGCGAGCUGAGCCGCCGUCUGGGCAGCUUGCGGCUGCGCUUCCAGGCCAAGAACAUCUUUGUGCUGACCAAGAUCUACGACGAGGACUUGCUGCCGAAGACGCGCGAGCUGACGCGCUGGCUGCUCAGCCCGGAGCGAGAGGUGCGCUACGCCGUGUACGUGGAGCGGUCGCUGCGCACAAGCCGGCAGUUUGACGCUGCCGGGCUGCUGGACGAGCUGCGGAAAGCCUACGCGGCAGCAGGCAUUGCCGGUGGCAGCGGCGACGAGCUCACGCGCCGCCUGCGCUGGUGGGACGAGAGCAUCUGCCGCACGCGGCCGCACACGUUUGACUUUGUCAUCACGCUGGGCGGUGACGGCACCGUGCUCUACGCCAGCUGGCUCUUCCAGCGGAUCGUGCCGCCGGUGUUGAGCUUUGCCCUCGGCAGCCUUGGCUUCCUGACCAAGUUCGACUUUGACGACUACCAGAGCACGUUGACGACGGCGUUUCUGCAUGGCGUCACCGUCGGCCUGCGGCUGCGCUUCGAGGCCACGGUGAUGCGCAGCCAGCCACGGCGUCAGCUGCGGAUCGGCGAGCACGACAACAUCGACGCUGCCUGGCCCCGACGCGACCUUGUUGAGGAGCUGAUCGGCGAGGAAAAGGACGACGAGCACACCCACCGGCCCGACGGCACAUUUGAGAUCCUAAACGAGGUCGUCGUGGACCGGGGACCCAACGCGAGUGAGAAAGCCCUCUCGGAUCUCACCAUGUCCUUUACCGAGAUCUUUGGCGACGACGAGCACUUCACCUCCGUCCUGGCCGACGGCAUCUGCGUGUCCACGCCGACGGGCUCGACGGCCUACAACCUGGCUGCUGGCGGGUCGCUGUGCCACCCCGAGAACCCGGUGAUGCUGGUGACGGCCAUCUGCGCGCACUCGCUCUCGUUCCGGCCCAUCAUCCUGCCCGACACGAUUGUGCUGCGGGUCGGCGUGCCCUAUAGCGCGCGCACCAGCUCAUGGGCCAGCUUCGACGGCCGCGAGCGCAUCGAGCUGCAGCCGGGCGACUAUGUCACCAUCAGCGCCAGCCGCUUCCCCUUUGCGUCCGUGCAGGCCCGCGGUCGCCGGAGCGAGGAAUGGGUUAAUAGCAUUAGCGGCAAGCUGGGCUGGAACACACGGCAGAAGCAGAAGGCAUACAAGGAGUGGGACAAGAACUGA